UACCACGUGAUCAUCAUCCCUCCACUCGACUGGAGUUUUCACGAUAACUGAGAGAGCGGCUUUGGUCAAUUUGCCCGUCAAAAAUUAACCAAUAUUGAGCUCCAACAAAUAUAGGUUUUAUACGAUGGGAGACAAGAAGAGCCCCACAAGGCCGAAGCGGCAACCCAAGCCCUCUUCGGACGAUGGAUACUGGGACUGUAGCGUCUGUACGUUCAGGAACACCGCAGAAGCUUUCAAGUGCAUGAUGUGCGAUGUCAGAAAGGGAACGUCAACACGGAAGCCUCGCCCUGUCUCCCAACUUGUCGCCCAGCAAGUCACUCCACAGUUUGCUUCACCCACACAGCCCAAAAAAGAGAAGAAGGAGAAAUCGGAGAAAGAUAAGAGUGAAAAGGAACCAACACUGAGAAAGAACAGCCACAAGAAGAUGAGGCCCAGGUUAAAAAACGUGGACCGGAGCAGUGCCCAGCACCUGGAGGUUACGGUGGGCGACCUGACCGUCAUAAUCACAGACUUUAAGGAGAAAACCAAGCCCGCCUGCACUCCUCCCAGUGCUGCCUCGGCAGACCAGCACAGCCAGAGCGGCAACACUAGUUCUGACAACACUGAAAGGGGAGUGUCACGGUCGUCCUCACCUCGGGGGGAGGGCUCGUUGGUUAACGGAGAGACUCACUAACCCUACUCCCUCCCCCAUUUCCUUCCCAGUCAUCCAACUUGGUCUCAUGGAACAAGACAAGUGUGUCUCUGAAUAUUGCAUAAAAUUCUAGCAUGGAAGAUUACAUCCAAUGCAACAACCCCAUGUCUGGUACUCCUCACCCCAACAUCUCAACAUGCCUAAAUACCACCACCACCAGUUCCAAUUGGGUUGAAUACUACACUGCUUUCCCGUGAUGAGCAAGUAUAAUGACUGGGCUUUUGGUGCUGGGAGAACGCUGUGUAGCAUCAACGUAUUGGUUUCAGCCAAGAUCUGGGUUGUGUUCAGUAGGCACCAAACAGAAGAAAAAUGGACUGAAGCUAGAAGGGGGGUACCUGUCCCUGUCCAAUAAGAAACACUCAUAGUUGUUUUCUGUUGCACAACGUUUGACAUGUUUUAUUUUUAUGUUAUACCCUGAUGAAGACAACCUUGGCCUGAGUGAACUGAAGCUGUAAUGGUAUUGAUGGUGUUGGUCUCCUGUAGCUCAGUUGGUAGAGCAUAGCACUUACUACAUCAGGAUAGUGGGUUUGAUUCCCGGGACCACCCAAUACGUUAAAAUGUAUGCACGCAUGACUGUAAGCCGCUUUGGAUAAAAGCGUCUGUUAAAUGGCAUAUAUUAUUAUAUAUAUUAUAUAUUAGUGUUGAAUGAACCCUGGAUGCACAACUGAAUAAUGCCAUGUGAUGUACUUACGACACCUCAGUGUUAAUAGUGUCAUCACUCAUCAGUGGUCGGCUUCUAUCUCUCAACAAUGUGGACUAUUGCAGAGUAAACACGUUUUUUUUGCUACAGAGGAAUACGAAUAUGCAUUAUGAGUAGGGUUGCACAUUUCCGGUAACUUACCCAAAGUCUGUACGUUUUCCACGAAUCACGGUUGUGACAUUCCCGAAAUCAAGAGGGAAUAAGUAGGACAUUCAGUAUUACUCCAACUGAGAUUUCAGGAAAACUGGGAAUUUUGGGAAUGUGACCAGAAUAUAGCAACAACUCUAAUUAUGAGGUGAAAUAUGAAGCAAGUGGACUACCUCUUGAUUGUAAAAGAUGAAUUUUGUUAGCAGCAGAUAGUUUGCACCUGCUGGUAUAUCGUGUACAUUGAAUCAUGAGAAGAUAUUGGUCUACUUUCCCAGACACAUAUUAAAUCUAGUCCUGAACUAAAAAUCACUUUUGAUGGAGAAUCUUCAUUGAACAUGCUUCUUCUUAGCCUCAUGACUAAGCUUAAUCUGUGUCUCAGAAACUGUCUCAUUGUUUAUGAAGCAUUACUUUGUAGUUCAGCUAACAUUUUACUGCACAUGUUACUGAAUCAUAUCACUGUUUUAUGUUACUGGUUAUAGCCAGCCAUGUUUUAUGUACGUCAAUGAGAAUCUCAAUUAUUGUGUUACAGUCUAAUAAUAAUGUUUGAGUAAAAAUUAUGAAACAGUAUUGUUAGAUUCUCUUCCAGAAUUUUCUAGUCAAGCAUGUUAUCAACAGUUUAUAUUGUGAAAUAAAAUCUAAUUGAUCGAUUUAUCAGUCA